UCUGCUUCAUUCCCACUCGGUCAGUUCUCACGCAUCUCACAAGUUCGUCUCUUCCGGUGGAAAACCUGCCGGCGGUGAAGGUGACGGCGCCGGCGCCGAGAUGGUUGGACCACAGAGGCCUCAGUUCGUUCUCUUUGGAUCGUCCAUUGUGCAACUCAGCUACGCCAAUGGCGGUUGGGGUGCCAUACUCUCUGAUGUCUACGCUCGUAAAGCAGACAUAGUGUUGAGAGGAUAUUAUGGUUGGAACUCCCGGCGAGCUGUCGAGGUCCUUCAUCAAGUUUUUCCUAAGGAUGCUGCCGCACAACCUUCUUUAGUGAUAGUCUAUUUUGGUGGUAAUGAUUCAAUGGGGCCUCAUUCAUCUGGCCUAGGCCCUCAUGUACCACUUCCAGAAUAUAUUGAGCACAUGAGAAGCAUUGCAGUUCAUCUCCAGAGCCUUUCAGAUACCACACGUGUCAUUUUUCUCAGUUGUCCUCCUGUCAACGAGGCAAAAGUUCGAGAAGGCGUGAGUGGAAUAUUUAGUGAGCUAGUACGAACAAAUGAGUUAUGCAGACAGUAUUCAGAAGCUUGUAUAGAGCUGUGCCAGGAGGUGGGUGUGAAGGUUGUUGAUCUUUGGACUGCAUUUCAGAAAAGAGAUGAUUGGUUAAAUGCUUGCUUCACAGAUGGGGUUCACUUAUCUGCUGAGGGAAGCAAGAUAGUUGUGGAGGAGAUACUGAAGGUGUUGAAGGGAGCUGAAUGGGAGCCAAGUCUACACUGGAAGUCCAUGCUCACUGAAUUUGGGGAUGACUCCCCAUAUGAUCUUGUGGCUUUUGAUGGAAAGACGACCUUGAAUCCCUCGGAUUGGACUUUCCACAGGGAGAUUCAAUGGGACUAAGCUACCAGGCCAUCUUUUGCCUAUGUUUCCUACAUGGGAAUACUCCCCCAAAACUAAAAAACAAAACCACUAUAUAUCUUCAUUGCCCGGGACAUGCAAAAGAGAAAAAAAAAGGGAAAAUAGAACAGAACUGGAGAUUGACAGAUGAAGAAGUAUAUUUAUAUAUUUUAUAGUGCUAUUGCUUAUUUGAUAUGCCUAAA